GAUGACAUUUAUUUUGUUGGCAGUAUCAUAAUUAAGAACUGACUAAAACUAAACAUGAAUUAUGUCAAUUUGUAUGUAGUCAAGGACUGGAUUAUUCUUGUAAUUAUCUCUUGAGCUUUAGUAUUCCUGAUACAUAGUUUAUAGUGCAGAACCAAACAUAUGUUGGGAAUCAUGACAAUGUGUCAUGUCAUUCAUCUCUAUCCUCAGUGCCUACACUGCAGGCCUUGCUUCUCUGACCCUUUCCUGGGCAGCAAGUGAAAUAGUCCCUGGAAGAAGUGUAGAUUUCUAUGGUAGCAAAACACACUAUGAAGUUGGUGUGAGAGGAAGAGCCCAGGCACGGGGAAUGUGGUUGCAUUAGUACUAAAGCAGUAAAGCUUGUUUCUCCAGAAUGGUGUGCAUAAGCCAUAUAGACGAAUUUUCAUGAACAACCAAUAAUAACAAUUCAAUAGAUUAUUCUAAACUUAAAUAGCCCUUAUUUAUUUAAUUUCGAAAGUCCUUGAAAGGAAUGGGGUAGGGAUAAGGAGAUGCAGGGAUAUUUCCUAGAACUUUUUGGGGCUAGCUAGUAUUCAUUUCAUCUUAUUUGUUACAGCCAUUUGCACGUUAAAUACACAGAAGUAUAUUUUUUCUUUGUAAUUGAGAUACUAAGAUUAACAUUACAAGCAAACUUGGCAGAACUAAAAUUAACCUUGAGGGAUACAUUUUACAGUGUUCUAAAGUGCUUAUAUGCACUCGCCACAAUUGACUUAUUUCAGAACAUUAACUCUUUUUCAACUGUAUAAUAAUUGAUAUCCAAAAUCAUAUUCAUCUUUGGCUUUUCCUCCCUCUUAAUUAUUCUGCCCUGAAACUACAAGCCAGAUUACAAUGAGACUGAUGAGUGUCUCUGCACAAAGCUAGGUUUCUGUGUCACUUAAUUGCAUUUCUGACCCCUCCAGGUCAGGCCUUGGGACAAAGAUUAGCUAAAGGGCUGUCGUCAGCACCACUACACCCAAUGUUGGAAAGCACAGGUGGAAGCCAUGACUGCCGCCCGUGAGUUGUUAGGACUAGCUGAGGAUGUAGGAUGGGAAGUGAGCUCCUUGAAAUGAAUUGGUAACUGUGGAUAAUGUAUGUUUAUGUCCAGACCCAGGCCUAUGGAUCCAACCAUCUCUAGCACUCACUAGAUAAGAAGAAUAAAAAAUUGAAAAUUAUGUUUUCUAUUUAUAGGAAUGGAUGGAUUUUUAAAAUCAGAUGAGAGACAAAGAUUAGCCAAAGAGAGACGAGAAGAAAGAGAAAAGUGUCUGGCUGCUCGGGAACAACAGAUCUUAGAGAAACAGAAAAGAGCUAAGCUUCAGUAUGAGAAACAAGUUGAGGAGCGAUGGAGAAAACUUGAGGAGCAGCGCCAGCGUGAGGAUCAGAAGAGGGCAGCAGUGGAAGAAAAGAGGAAGCAGAAGCUCCGGGAAGAAGAGGAGCGUCUGGAAGCAAUGAUGCGCCGCUCCCUGGAGCGUACACAGCAGCUAGAGCUGAAGAAGAAGUGCUCAUGGGCAGGAUCAGCAGCUUCAGGGCCUGGAGGACGUGAUGGUGAAUCAGAAAAUAGCCCACCCCUUCCUCUAACUUUAGCAGCCAGCAUCCCCCCUUCGGACACAGGGACCGCUACAGCUGCUGCCGAGUCCACCAACGCAUGUGACAAACUUUCAACAUCAACCAUGAAUUUGCCAAAGCAGACGGAACCUCCUAUGAGUAAACACCUGUCUUCAUCCACCGUGGCAAUAUCUUAUUCCCCAGACCGAGCUCUCGGGAGCCCUCUCAAAUCGUCAUACAAGUCCUCUCCAACCCGGACCACUGAGAAAAAGAAGAAUACACUUUUAUCUGGUGUGGGAGAUGCUGGGAAGGGAGCCAUGACUGGAGGAGAGCCUUCUCAGAUGGAGAAAGUGAAGAAGGGACGAGGGGCAACUUCUGUUUCUUCUGGGGGUCUUGGGUCCCCACUGAGAAGAUGCGAGCCUCCUGAAGACAUUUCCAAGAGGUCAUCUCCUGUGAAAUCCAAGAUAACUGCAAAAACAUAUCCACAGUCUCCAAAGACAGUGAAGCCCCCAUACAUAGGGUCUCCUGUGAAGUAUUACUUUCCACCCACUCCAAGUGAAGAAACACUCAAGAAGAAGGCAGAGAAAGAGAAGAGUAAUAAGGAAAAGGAAGGUGCCACUGGUCGGCAGACCACUGUUCUACCCAGAGAAGAAACCCUGGAGAAGCCCAUGGCUGACAAGGAUGCCACUGAGAAGUAUGUAGCUGAUAAGCAUGCAACUGAGAAACAUUCUGCCACCGGAGGGAAGGCUGAGCACAGUGCAGGUAAACCUUCUCUAUUAGCAACCACAGAUGCAGGGGAGGCUGCAAAGAUCCUAGCUGAAAAGAGACGUCAGGCUCGGCUACAGAAGGAACAGGAGGAGCAAGAACGGCUGGAGAAGGAAGAACAAGACAGGUUGACAAAAGAGGAGUUGAAAGAAAAGCAGAAGAGGAAAAGGUGCAUGAUAGAAAACAAGAAAAGAAAGAAGCAGCAGGAGGAAGAAGAAAGAAAGGCAGAAGAGAAGGCAAAAGAGAAGGCUGAGGAGGAGCUGUUGUCAAAAGAGAAGCAAGAAAAGGAAAAACAAGAAAAAGAAAAGAAGGAAAAAGCCAUGAUUGAAAAGCAGAUACAAGCUGAGAAAGAAGCAGCAGAAGCAAAGGCGCAGGAUGCUGCUAAACAGAUGCGUUUAGAAAGAGAACAGAUCAUGCUGCAGAUUGAGCAGGAACGACUGGAGAGGAAGAAGAGAAUAGAUGAAAUCAUGAAGAGAACAAGGAAGAGUGAUGCGUCUCUAGAAGUGAAGAAGGAAGACCCCAAAGUGGAGAUUCAGCCUCUUCCAGAUGUCGAAAAUAAGAUAAAACCAGUUGUCCCCAACAAAAUAGGUGAGUGUGAGGUGUGCUGUUUGGAUCCUUCAGUUAAUGAGGACAGUGAACCUUCCUGCUGAAGGUCAGGGUCGUUC